UGAGGAUUCAAUGCGUUUCAAGUGCUUCUGAAGCAUCCCAACGAUCUCUGCUCCAAUGUGUGUGUGUCAAGGGGUGAACACUGCGGAGACAGGUAGUGCGUGCUCACUCUGUGCUUCGUCAAGAAUGAGGAGGUGCAGACGUUCCUGAAUGACCAUCAAGCGGUACUGUGCUGUGCUGGUGGUGAUGGCGGUGGUGGGGAUGGCGGCGGGAGCCAGGCCACGGCAGCUCAUUGUCUCUGAGGUCUCGGAGAGGGAAAUCGUCUCUGAAUCACUUGAUGUGUGGAACCCAGAGAACGGCAAGUCAAGGCCUGAGAAUCGGGAGGAGACUCAAGGCGCGGCCAGCUCCUUACCUAUCCUAUCUUUCCUCGAGCCAUGGACUUCCGCCAUCACCCAGGUACUGUCCCUUCUCCCGGACCUCGCCAGUGUCGCGGUGCAAGUCCUGAGCUUCGUCGGAUAUUUGGUGGGGACAGGCCUGGGGGCGGCGGGGACCUUGAGUAUGGGCACCAGGGCCGUAGAGGGUGUCGGGGGAAGCCUUCAGUCAGUCUCGCUGACCUUGCCUCAUGCGUUGUCGGUGGUGGUGGUGGCGGGCAUGUCGGUGCUGAUGCUCUUACCUGGAGUCUACGACUGGAUACUGUCCCUCAUCGCCUCCGUUGGUUUAGCGAUGGCUGGCCACGUGACGGCGUCUGUCAGAAGCCUCGUAGAUGAAAAUAGUCCAUGGAUAACACUCGUGGACAACACUUCUCUCUUCAUUCGGAAGCUCCAGCGGAACUUCAAAACGUGAACAUUUCAACACUCAAUCGUUUUACUCAGCAGCUUCAAACUUUGUAACUUUGUAACUCUGUAACGUCCUGGUGAUCCUGACAACAUAAAACGACAAAUUCUCUUCGUUAAGUGACAAUGAUAUUCAUGGUCUAUUUUUCAAAACUUCAUUAUCACCGUAAAGUAGGCAGGGAAGUGUGACAGGACAGAAAGAAAGACACCGCUGGAGUAAAAGAAUAGUAGUAUUGAAUGAAUAAAAAAUGAUAAUAAUGGGGCGCUUUGUUAGA